AUGAGUCAUACUGAUCAUCACUCAUCAGUAAAUUAAGAGACAAUACUAAGAUGACAUCUUCUAAAGUAUCUUCCAUGCUUCUCUUUCUCCUCCUUCUCGUUCUUGUGUUUCCCCAUAUGGAUAAAGCCCUUGGUGAAAAAAGGCAGCUCUCCACAACCUUAGUUAGUCCUUUUGUCUUUAAAUAAGUCAUAGCUAUUUACUCUAUUAUUUUGAUCUAUUUAGAAAUGUUUUGAACUUUAUUUCUUUAAUUUAGCUUGGUUUUAGCUCACAACUAACUAAAUCUCAUUAAAUUUUAUAAAAAGAAGAUAAACCGUUGUAGUUUUGUUUCCCCUCUUGUUUCGUUCAGACCAAAGUUUUUUGCGAUAGAUGACAAAAUAAAACAAGGAAAAAUUGCCAAAACAGAAUAAAAAAACAACAUAGUUGUCCCUAUGGUAUAAAUCCAACCUAAAGUUGUCCCGUAUAAUUUUUUUCAUAAUACCAAAAGAAACCUUUGAUUAAUCUCAUUAAACAUGAUUAAUUGUAUUUUAAAAAAAAUAAUAUGAAUCAGUUUGUUUAAAUGGGAAAGAAUAAAAAAUAAUAAUAAAACAAUCUAAAGGGAAAAUUGUUUCCCUAAUUCCCCGUAACCCUAAGCUCGAUAUCGAUCUCUCCGCCUCUCUAUUUCACGGCGAUGAGGAAGGCGAUUGUGUCUUCUCCGGUGAAAUCAACGGCGAGUGUAGCUGCCACCGGUGGAACCCCUUUCUCUUCUCGUACCGGUGGAACCCCUUUGUCUUCUCCUACAUACCGAAGGCGAUUUCGGAGCUUCUUUUGGUGAUUGGCGAAAUCGAGUUUGUCUUUAACCUCCCCGCCUCUCUCUUUCUCCGACAUUGCUAGCACAUAAGAUAUGGAGUUAGAGCUACCUAAGCGAGUGUAUGCAGAGGGUUUAGAACCUCAGGUGAAGAAGAUCAACAACUGCUGCCGCAUGGAACUUAUCAGGGAUCUGAAGAAAACUAUGUAUGCGGAGUACGAUGAUGUCAAGAUAGAUCCUGUUAAACAUAUCAUGGCGAUUGCGGAAAAUAAGCUCAAGUUUUCGGGGAAAUUGGUGGAUAGCUUCUUGUGUAAGCAGCUGAUUACCUCGAAGAUGCAUGAGAAGUGGUUUGUCUUUGCGAGGAAUACUCUCCGGUUUUCGCUUCAGGAGUAUCACGCUGUGACAGGCCUCAAGAUCUCGCUGGAAAGUAGCUGUGACGUAGUUAAAUGGAAAAAUGAUGGCGGAUUUUGGAGUGAACUACUAAGGACAGGUGGUAAGAUCACCUUGCAGUCGAUCAAAAAGGUGCAUCUACAAGAAGUUCACAGCUGGUCUCGGCGUGAUAGGAUGAGGUUGAUCUACUUGUGUGUGAUAAUGGGUGUGGUGAUGGGGAGAGAUGAGAAGGUGAACAUCCCUCACAUGUACAUCAAGCUGGUGAUGGAUCUUGACAAGCUUCGGAACUUCCAUUGGGGUCUUCACUCCUACGACUUCUUACUGAGUUCCAUUGAGAAGAUUUGGAUUAUGCCGGAUUUUGGAGAAAUAUGUGGCAGCAAAGUCCCAGACAGUUUCAGCGGUCCAAGGUGUGGUAAUUGGAAAGGAGUUGCAAAAGUUUCUUAUGAAGACAUCAUUCAACUUGAGGAAUCGUUUACUAAGAAGGGAGACUUGUUCUCGGUAAUUUCAGUGAGUGGCAAUGGUGAUGUGUUGAGGCAUGCUGAUUAUACAAGGAAGGAUGAGAUGGAAGAUGAACGUGUGGACCUUCUUCUUGAUAGGAUUAAAAACAAGUUUGAUUGGAGCAACACAGAAUGA